AUGGACUCGAAACAUCCCGAAGAGAAGCCCGGCGAGACCACCACGUCGGCCGACCCCUCCAUCACCACCGAGAAGACGCAUCCCCACGAUGACAACAACGCCGCCGACACCUUCAGCAAGCAGGACCACGUGUCCGAGGAUGACGACGUUGUGUACCCGUCGGGCCUGAAGCUCGUCCUCAUCAUCAUCUCGCUAUGUCUCGCCGUCUUCCUCGUCGCCUUGGACCAGACCAUCAUCGCCCCGGCCCUCGGCGCCAUCACAUCUGAAUAUGGCAGCGUCAAGGACAUUGGCUGGUACGGCGCAUCGUACCUCCUCACGACCACCGCCCUGCAGCCCAUGUACGGCACCAUCUACAAGCUCUUCAGCAUCAAGUACGCCUACCUCGCCGCCAUCGCCGUCUUCGAGGUUGGUUCCCUCAUCUGCGCCUUGGCGCCCAACUCGACCGCCUUCAUUGUCGGCCGCGCCAUCGCCGGCAUCGGUACCGCCGGUCUGUUCUCCGGUUCCAUUGUGAUUCUGAGCUACACGAUGCCUCUCGAGAAACGGCCUUUGGCCUUUGGUCUUAUCGGAGGCAUGUGGGGCGUCGCCUCCGUGGCAGGGCCGUUGCUCGGUGGUGUUUUUACGGAGAAGGCGACCUGGCGAUGGUGUUUCUACGUCAACCUGCCCAUCGGCGGCAUUGCCAUGGUCUUCAUCUUCUUCCUCUUGACCAUUACCAAAAAGAACAACGCCCUGGGUGAGACCCUUGUCCAACGCAUCAUGCAGCUCGACCUCAUUGGCACGGCCAUCUUCAUCCCUGCCAUCGUCUGCCUGAUCCUCGCCUUGCAAUGGGGCGGAACCGAAUACGCCUGGAACAGCGCCACGGUCAUUGGGCUGUUUGUCGGCUUUGCGCUCAUGAUCCUCAUCUUCAUUGGCGUUCAGUUUUGGCAAGGAGACAAGGGCACGCUACCUCCCAAGCUCUUCAAGAACCGCAACGUGGUUUGCGCCAUGCUCUUUGGCUGCUUCUUUGGCGCCGCCUUCUUCCCCUCAUCUACUACUUGUGCCAUCCAAGGUGUCAGCGCCGUCCAGGCCGGCAUCAAGAUCCUGCCCCUUCUCUUGGCCACCGUCGUCGCCUCCAUUGUCAGCGGCGCGUUGAUCUCCGCCAUCGGCUACUAUAACGCCAUCAUCCUCCCCUCCAUGGUUCUGUUUUCCGUCGGUGCUGGCAUGAUCACGACCUUUGACGUCGACACGCCCAUGCGCGAGUGGUUCGGCUACCAGGUCCUCGCCGGCCUCGGCAUCGGUGCGGGUUUCCAGAUCGGCGUGCUCGUCGUCCAAACCGUACUGCCCCAGGAGGAUGUCCCCGUCGCCACGGCCUGCGUGCAGUUCUUCCAGUCCUUUGGCGGCGCCAUCAUGAUUGCUGUCGCUCAGACACUCUUCCAGACGGGGCUCAUUGAGGGCGUCACCCAGAAUGCUCCUGACAUCGACCCCACCAUCUUCAUCAACUCCGGAGCCGACCAGGUCCGCAGCAUCCUCACCCAGAUGGGCCGCGCAGACUUGAUUCCGAUCGUGCUGGAGGCCUACAUGGUCGGGUUGAGGCACACGUUCUACGUCACGCUCGCUUGCGCGUGCGCUGCCUUCGUCACCUGUCUGGGUCUCCAGUGGAAGAGCGUCAAGAAGGAGGGCAAGGGCGGUGCCGUUGCUGUUGCUGUAUAA